AUGUUCACCGAGGAGUUGGCAAAGUCUGAAAUGGAGAAAGUAACGAAGAAUUAUUUGGAUCAGAUCAAAAUUAAGAGAGAUGAAUUACAGCAAUGGUGGGAAACUCCUUUGAAUCAACUUGACAUAUCUCAAACCACUUGUCUGAUAAGUGUUCUGGAAAAUUUGAGAAUGGAAUUGGGAACUCAACAAUCCCAAAACUUAAAAGCAAUUGUUCCUCAUGAAGAUUUCAUGUUUGGUGGUGGCAAUAUCGAUCUUAUCGACCAAAAGGGAGUGUUCGAUGUGAACGCAUUCAUCAAUAAUUCGAACACUAUGGUUAUUCCUAAUGAUGGACCAAUGUUUGGAUCUAACGAUAACAACAAUGCUUUGGAGGUGUUCAAUCCGAUACACAAUAUGAAUUGGCCCGAGUUCAACAACGGCCAAUACUAG